AUGAAUGAAACUCCUUUUCAUAUCGAUCGUGUUCAACGUUUGACUACACCGCAAGUCAUUCAAUACAAACCAUCAACAACUAUUCAGCCAUCCAUAGGUUCAAUAUUUCAAACAAGGUUAGCACUUGGUCGAGAAGAUUCACCAGAAGAAAAAUCCUUUCAUAUCAAUCAAUUACGACAUCCAGCCAUGAAACAUUCAUCGACUAAUGAACGAGUAUGGGCUUGGAUAUAA